AUGGAAGAGAAGGGAAUGGCAAAGCCUAAAACAGCUUUAGCUGAUGUGCUGGAAAAAUCUAUGAUUGCUGCUGACGCAUUAGAACGUAAAGACUUGAUCUUUACCUACAAGGGCACUGUCUACCCCACUACUCUUUGCACUCCUGAAAUAUUCAAAGCUAUGGACUCCUUUGAAGCCAGAAGAGAUGAUGUCAUCCUAGCAGGUUUUCCUAAAUCUGGUACAAACUGGUUUGGUCAAAUCUUAAGUGACUUAAUAGCAUUAGCUGUAAAGAACAAUAAAAAUGAAAUACAUCAUCACAGUGAUAUGCCAGAAGAAUUUCCCUAUCUUGAAAUUGGAGAUCCUGAGAAAUAUGAGCGGAUGAAGAAAUUACCUCCAAGAAGACUUAUACGUACCCAUAUGGCUCCUCAAAAUUUACCUGAGUCCAUUUUCAAGAACAAAGCUAAAAUACUGCUAUUGCUCCGCAAUCCAAAAGAUUUAGCAAAGUCUUAUUAUCAUUUUUGCCUAGUCUUUUCUCCUUUUCCAUCUUAUGAAUCUUGGGAUGGUUUCUUUGAAGACUUCAUGGCUGGAAAAGUGCCGUGGGGGUCUUAUUUCAACUAUCUUUCUGAAUGGAACAAAUACAUUGGCAGUGAAAAUGUUAUGCCUAUAAGUUUUGAAGAAGUAAAAGAGAAUACAUAUUUAGGAGUGAAAAAAAUAGUUGAAUUUUUUGAGUUCUCUUUGAAUGAAGAAGAAAUUCACACUGUUGUGCAGAGAAGCAGCUUCCAAUCUAUGAAGAAGAACUCUAAGGACACUCAUGGGGCAUUUGGUGAUCUACUCUUCCGUAAAGGUGGUGUUAGCGACUGGAGGAAUCUUUUUGAGGAAAAGCAUAACUUGGAAAUGGACAAAAUGUACAAGGAUCACUUAGCAGCAACCACUCUUGGAACAAGGUUAAAAUAUGAAGUGUAUUGCAAAGCCUGA